GACCCCGGCGGGUCUGCUGAGAGGUGGGUCCGUUGGCCCCGGAGCCUGGGGCUGGGUCGGGGGCUUUGGCCGCCCCCCCAGGCACAAAUCAGCGCCUUCAUCGUGGAAGUUCUGCCCGAGAACUAAUUUCUGCCUCCCAAGAUGGAAGAAGAUGCCAGCCUGUUCCCUAAGAAGCUUUUGGACGACGCCCCCCUUGUGGAGGAUGAAACAGAUGAACUGGAGGAUCCGGAGUUUGUGCUGGACUCUGUCCCCGGGGGGGCUGAGAACAAGGCGGACCCAGGAAGCUCCUGUCCAGGGAAAGAGCAGAACGCAGACAAGAGGAAGCAGAGACCAGCCGUCCAGGACAGAAUGCAGGCCUCACUCCUGCGGAGGGACUUGAGCCACCUAGACCAGCUGCAUGAAGAGAAAGACCUUUUCAUUCAGAAAACGAGGGCGGAGCUGCGUGCUUGCCGCCGGAGGAUGGGGCUCCUCGCCAAGCAGCAGGAGAGCGUGGCGGCCGACCUGGCCGCGGAGAGAGCCGCCGGCAACACGGCAGCCGUGGGUCGCCUCGAGGCAGCGUCCCAGCGCCUGUGCUCAGAGCUGGGGAACGAGAGGGACCUGCAGGCGAAGAUGACGGCCGUGCUGCAGGAGAGCGUGAGCGCCAUGUGGCACAUCGAGAUCCAGGAGAGGCAGCUGGAGGACACCCGCAAGUCGGCCCGAGCGGAGGCCCCGGCUGCCAGGAGGUGCCUCCGGGAGAGGGGGGCCUCGGGGAAGGCAGAGCGGAACCGGCUGCUGCGGGUGCGGAGAUCCGUGUGCCUGCAGACGGAGCGCGGGCUCAGGCGCCAGAAGCUGGUGGAAGACGCCCAGAAGAACCAUCGGAAGGCCGUGAAGUUCCUGAAGGCCUCCCUGGGGAGGGUCCGCGAGCAGCAGCGGGAAGAGGCGCUGGAGGCCCGCGAGCGCAUGCGCAGGCGCAGGGACGCCGUGCUGGCCCUGAAGAACAGCAUCUCCGCCAGCCGGGAGACACUCCGGAAAUUUCAAGCAUGGGACCAGGCCAAGGCAGAGCUGGCGGAACAGAAGGCCCAGGCCGAGAAGGAGGUGAUUUUGGCCCAAGGUGGGGACGCUUUCAAGCACUUUUGCCAUCAACGCCGGCGCCGGGAGCUGGAGGCCCAGAACCGCGCCUUCGCGGAGGAGCAGAAGCUCAGGAAGCACGAGAUCGUGCGGCGGAUCUCGAAGGAGGAGGCGGAGGAGGGCAGGAGGAAGCAGCGGCCCCCGCCCCCCAGACCCGCGGGCCGGCCGGCCCUGAGGGGCCGGACCUGGAGCUACGUGGCCGCCUUCCAUGCCGGGAAGAGCACGCUGUUGCGUUCCUCUCCCCAACUCCAGGAGGGCAGGUCUGCGUUACCCCAAGCCUCUCUGCUGGUGAAGGCCGUGUCCAGCGAGUCCGUCCAAGCGGACGGGGGGAGCCUUGGCCGGGCGGAGGAGACACUAGCUCGGCCGGAGAUCCCCGGGCUCUGGAAGGAGGACUACAAGCCGUACCAGGUGCCCAAGGAGGACAUGGACCAGAAGCCCGUGGGCGGAACGAAGAUGGACAAGGACGUCCUGGCGCGCACUGUGCAGCGGCUGCACAGCGGGGUGAUCCGCAAGCAGGUGGCGUCCAGGCGCGAGUUCAGAGGGUGUCCCUUCAACAGCAAGCCCAAGCUCGUCCACUUCAAGGACUUUGAUAUCGGCAAAGUGUACAAGAAAAAGAUCACGCUGAUUAACGCCACCUACACGAUUAACUACUGCAAGCUGGUGGGCGUGGAGGAGAGCCUCCGGGACUUCAUCCACAUCGACUUUGACCCCCCCGGUCCUAUGUCAGCCGGCAUGUCCUGUGAAGUGCUUGUCACCUUCAAGCCCAUGGUAAACAAAGAUCUGGAAGGAAAUGUCUCGUUUCUGGCUCAGACGGGCAGGUUUUCUGUUCCACUGAAAUGUUCAACGAAGAAAUGCUCCCUGUCCCUCGACAAGGAGCUCAUCGACUUCGGCAGCUAUGUGGUGGGUGAGACUGCAUCCCGGACCGUCACGCUGACCAGCCUCGGGGGCUUGGGCACCAGGUUCAGGUUUCUCCUGGCAUCCGAGUGCUGUGACACAGACACGUCCCCGUCGGCCCUCAGCACGAGCAGUAGCUUUACAUAUGAAGACAAAGGUUUUUACGAUAAAAUCGCCACCAGUUUUUCUGAGCAGCUGAUGGAGGGCAAUGAGUCCUCGCCCACAGACGUGCCGAGCCAGAAGGAGUCUGGAAAGCUGGACGUGAAGGAACAGGAGGAGGGGCGCCCCGUAGAGGGAGUGACCUUGACCACCAUCGUGACUGUACCUCCCAACGAGGGACAGACGGAGUUCUCACUGGGAGAGAUAACGGAGGGGGAGAUUGGCCCCUUCAGCUCCAUCAAAGUGCCCGUCAUCUUCACCCCGAUCGUCCCGGGAGCGGUCUCCACCAGGUUCAAGGUCGUGUUUAAGAAUCAGCAGUGCCCGACCUUGUAUUUCAAAGUCGUCGGUGUUGCUAUCGACGUGCCAGUCUGGGUGCCAAAGCCCAACGUAGACCUGAAGAUCUGCAUGUACGACCGGCUGUAUCAGGACUCCAUCCUCGUCCACACACGGUCGAAGGCCGCUCUGCGCCUGAACUUCGAGGUGUGCAAGGAGCUGCAGGGCCACCUAGAGCUCCUGCCCAAGACCGGCUACAUCCAGGCCCUGUCGUCCUACUCGGUGCAGCUCAAGUUCCUGCCCAGACGCUCCCUCCCGGAAGACGCCGGGAAGUAUUUUGACAAGGAAAGCAGAGUCCUGGAGGCCCCGAUGACUAUCCGGGUGGCUGACCAGAUCAAACCCGUGGGGUUUACUGUCCACGCCAUAGUCACCACCUCGGACCUGGAGCUCAGCCCCUCAGGGGUGGACUUUGGCUACUGCACCGUCUACGAGGCCAUCAGGACCCAAGUCAGCCUCUGCAACCACUCCCUCCUGCCCCAGGAGUUUGGGUUCGUCGGGCUCCCCAAGUUUGUGGACAUCCAGCCCAAUGAUGGGUUCGGGACCAUCCUGCCGCUGGAAACUCUGCAACUCGAUGUAAUCUUUCAGCCCACCGAGGCCAAGGAGUACAACUUCGAGCUCGUCUGCAAGUCAGAGAUUAACCGGUGCUUCAAGCUGACGUGCCGGGCCGUGGGUGUCCACCCGCCCUUGGAGCUGUCCCACUACCAGGUCAAGUUUGCGGCCACCUCCUUGUACGACACGUCGGUGGCCACCCUGUACGUCAUCAACUCCCGCCGGAGCAAGAACUCGCCGACGCCCUCGGUGCCGCGCAUCGGCUUGGCGGACGCGUCCCCCGUGGGGCCCACGUCUUUCGAGUUCCUGCUGCCCCCAGACUCCCCCAUCACCAUCUCACCCUCGGUGGGCACCGUGUGGCCAGGAAAGAGGUGCCUGGUCCGGGUGGCCUUCCGGCCCGUGCUGCCCAGCGAGCUGAUCCACCAGGAAGCCUUGCAAGCCCUGACCAAAGAAGCUGAGGCCAAAUCGUCCCAAAAGGACACGGCCACCCAGAGGAAGGACAAGCGGAGACAGUCCUUCUCCACACUGUGGCUGCAGAACCGAGACCGGCUGUUCCAGGCCUCUGCCUCCCAGCCCCCGGAGCUGCAGAAAGAGGACCUCACGUCCAGCUCCCAGGAAUACCAGGCUGCGCAGGCCACCCUGACCAGAUCUUUCCAGGGGAAGUUUGACAAGUUUGUGGUCCCCUGUGUUGUUGCCAGUGGUGACACCAAAGACAGGAAGGGGACGGAACCCCUGAGCUUCAGUCCCCACAACACCGUGUACCUGGAGCUGUGGUGUCCAGCGGUAGCACCAUCCAUUGUGGUGACGUCCGACAAAGGCAAGACCAUCGCUGACUUCGGCGACAUCGCUGUAGGACACCGCGGCAUAAAGAAGGUCUCCAUCCAGAACAUCUCCCCCGAGGGUCUCGACCUGGAGUACUCCGUGCUGAACCCCAACGGCCCCUUUGUCCUUCUGAACCCCAUCAGCAAGCUGGCGUCUGGAGAGACCCGGGUCCUGGAGCUGUCCUUCUACCCCCGUGAGAGCGUCCUGGCCCAGGAAAUGCUGGAUGUCAUCACCAAGAGAGGCACGCUCUCCCUGGCCCUCGUGGGCACAGGCGUGGCGUCCGUGACCACGUGCUCCAUUGAAGGAGGCGUCCUCAACAUGGGCUACGCGAUCGCCGGAGAAUCCACCUCGGCGAGCUUCAAGCUGCAAAACAAUUCCCCGCUGCCCAUCAAGUUCUCCGUGCAGUUGGACAGCCUCUCCACCAGGAGCGGAGACCAGCACCGGCUGCCGCAGUUCCUGGCCUCCCCGGCCCAGAGGACGGAAGUUGUGGGCACGCAGAACUACAGCGGCCAGAGCGUGUUCAGCGUGGUCCCGGUGGAGGGCGUCAUGGAGCCGGGCAGGGCGCAGGACUUCACCGUGACCUUCAGCCCGGACCAUGAGAGCCUGUACUUCUCUGACCGGCUUCAGGUCAUGCUCUUCGAAAAGAAAAUCUCCCACCAGAUCCUCCUGCAGGGCGCGGCCCGCAAGCACACGAUGUUUGUGGAGGGCGGAGACCCCCUGGAUGUGCCUGUGGAGUCCCUGACCGUGAUGCCUGCCUGCGAGCCCCAGCGCAGAGAGGGUGACCCCCAGCCAGGCCCUCCCUCUCCAGAAGCUGAGGAGCUGAAGCCCAUCCUGGUAACCCUGGACUAUGUCCAGCUGGGCACGGACACGCCGGCCCCACCUGCCACCCGAGAACUGCAGGUGGGCUGCAUCCGGACCACCCAGCUGUCCCCAAAGAAGACGGUCGAGUUCAGCCUGGACAGCAUCGCGUCCCUGCAGCACAAGGGCUUCACCAUCGAACCCUCCAAGGGCUUUGUGGAGCGCGGCCAGACCAAGACCAUCAGCAUCUCCUGGAUGCCACCCAUCGACUUUGAUCCGGACCACCCACUCAUGGUGUCAGCCCUGCUGCAGCUCAGGGGGGACGUGAAGGAGACCUACAAGGUCCUCUUUGUAGCACAGGUGGUGUCCGGCCCCUGAGGCCACAGGAGUCUCUCCACGGAGGCCCCUCGGAUCUUCCUGCCACAUUCAAAGCCCUCCCCCGGUCUGUGGACCCAGCAGAGCCACCCAGGGGACUGGGACCUGGACAUUCCCUGCUGGGCAGCUUCAAAAGGGUGGCCCCCCGCAUGGCCCCAUGGCCAGGGCACCCCAGCUCCACAGGCACGGCCACCUCCUGCUGCCCUGUGUCCAGUGAGUCCGGGGCCAAGGGCUCCUGUCCCAGCCCCACACUCAGAACCGGCAAUGAGGCCAGUCCUGACCACAACCUGCUCCCAGCCUGAGCCCCUCAGAGCCCCCAGCCCCACCAGCACCCACCCAGCCUUUCAAGGUCCUGGAGGGGGGAAGAGCUGCGCCCACCGACCUGUCAAUAAACCCUGCGUGAACCUGUGCAUCCAGGCCUGCAGUGUGGGCCGCUGUGAGCCCUGGGACAAGGCACACCACCCUGCACCUUGCCGUGCUGACCACCUCC